CAGUGAGCAGUGAUAAAGAGGAGGACCAUCCAUCCAGUCAGAGGUUCCUCAGUGCUCAACAUGGAGAUCUCUGCUAAACUCCUGCUCCCCAUCGUGCUCGUCUCCUUGCUGGUGUCCUGCAGUCCGACGGACGCCUGGUACAAGCAGGUGGCCGGUCCGAGCUACUACUCGGUGGGCAGAGCGUCCGGCUUGCUGUCCGGUAUCCGGAGGUCACCGUACGUCCGGAGAGCCGAGGUGGACCCGACAGACAGCGAAGAGGCUGCGACCAACAACGUGUUUCCUGAAUUCACCUCGCAGAACUUCAUCCUGAAGACGAUGCCAGUUUGCAUCAAAGACAUUACACCAAACCUGCAGAGCUGCGAACUCUUCCAGGAAAUCCAAGGUUCAUUUAAGUGCAAAGCGGACGUCUUCCUCACUCUGGACUCUGCAGACUGUGCAGGAGACUGAGAGCAGUGAAGCCAACAACUGGGCUGGAUGAUGAUGAUGAUGACGAAGAUGAAGAUGCCUACUUCUUGAAGGCGUGACAUUUAAAAAAAAAAAACUGUACAUUUCUCUAAGUUUAACACUAAUGCUGCACUAAAUGGAAGAUAUGCUACUUUUCAUUUACCAUUUCACCAAUGUAUUUAUUGAUUUUAUGAUAAACCCGUCAUACAACUUUGAGCUGUAAAUGUAUCAAUGUACAUAUUUGAUCUGAGUUUUCAUUAAUAAAUGAAUCAUAUUGCAA